UGUACAUAUUUUAUAAUGCACCACUCACUUCCGACAGCAUGUCGAAAAAUAAAUUCGCAAGGAGUCAACUAGCUAAACAUGGCUGGACUGAAGGAUCUGGACUUGGUAAGAAUGAAAGUGGUAUUACAGAUGCAAUCAAAGUGAAGCUAAAGCAUGACACAGCAGGGGUAGGCCAUAACAAAGGAGAUGAGUUUACAUUCCAGUGGUGGGACCAUGUAUUUAACAAGGCAGCAAGUAGUAUAUCUGUCAAGUCUUCUGAUGAUGGUGUUGCAGUUAAGAAAGUUGGAGAUAGUGGACCUGUUAGUAAUAAAAAGACAAAAACAUAUAAUAACAAGGCAUUGUUGUAUGGACAGUUUGUCAAGGGAGCUACCUUAACUAAUGGUAAUGAAGAUCAUAUAGAAGAAGGUGUUGAAAGCAGUGAUGAAGAAGAAACAGAAAAACUUAAGAUGAACAGACUUAUGGAUGACAACAUGGUGGACAUUUGUGGUGGUAUGACAGCUCAUAAAGCAGCCAGACAUGGCCAUAAAUUAAGUGCUAAGAUGGCUAGAGUUAUGGAGCAAGAAAAACAGGAAUUGGAAAAAUUAAAUAGGAUAAAAGAAUUAAAACAAAAUCCUGGAAGAAAAAGAACGAGAAGUGAAACUUUAAAUGAUACAGAAGAAGAUAAAACAAACCAAGAGGAAAAUACAAGUGUGAAAAAGAAGAAAAAGAAAAAGAAAAACAGAGACCAAACUACAGAUUCAGAUUUACAUGAAAACACUAAAAGAAGUAAGAAAAAAGAUGAUGUUGAUGAACAUAUGUUAAUAGAUGGUUACCACAGUGCAAUAUCUAAUGACUGUUUAAAAUCAACAGAAAGUGAAUCAGUAGACGAUGAAAUGACAGAGAGCAGUAAGAAAAAGUCAAAGAAAAAGAAAAAAAAUAAGAAAAAAGUUGAAGAGACAGAGGCAAUUGAGAAUAAAAAAAGAAAGAAAAAGAAACAGAAGAAUUAAAUUUAAAUAAAUU